GCUGCUUUGAUUGUGCAAUUGCCUCCGCGGUUGCAAGUUGCAAGUAUCGCUUGUGGCUGGAAGCAUUCGCUUCUAGCUACUGCCGAUGGUCAGGCAUUCUCGUGGGGAAGUGGUCGGCAUGGUCAACUCGGACUGGGGAAUGAUAUCCUAAAGACUGAAAGUCCCAAGUGUAUUGACGGCGUGAACGGUAUGGCUAUUAGGGACGUCUUCUGCGGGUGGGAGCACUCGGUCUUUCGUUCUUCAAGUGGAGAGGUGCUUACCUGCGGGAACAAUCGACACGGUCAAUUAGGUCAAGUGGUUGCUCUACCAAUUCGCGUUGCAGACCCGCGCCACAAACAUCUAGGGCUUCGCACUGUCCAGGUUGGCUGCGGGUGGCACUUUGUAUUGUGCCUCACCGAGGACGGCAAUCUGGUAGCCUGGGGCAAAGGCAGCCACGGGCAGUUGGGUCUUAGAGGGUUUGAAAACGCCAGCGAGCCCCAACUAGUCACGUUUGCUCACACUGCUCGACAGAUUGCGUGUGGCAGCGAGCACUCGAUGGUAGUGACGACUGACGGGGAGCUCUACACGUGCGGGUGGGGAGAGCACGGCAACCUUGGUCAUGGUGACAAGACCAACCGUCCCUCGUUGGAGAAGGUGGACUUCUUCGUAGACGCAAGCCAAGAGGUCCUGAAGGUAGCAGCGGGCGGUGCUGUCUCCAUCGCUGUCACCCGCGAUAGACACUAG